AACGAGAAACGCGUCAUAGCACCACACGGGCUUUUGGUGGGAAUAUGAGUUCGCUUCCAUUCACAUUUGACUUAACAUUAAAAGCAUUAAUGUAUGUCUUGUUGUAUUAAACGUAAAGACAAACUAAGUGGCUGUGCUUCGUACACGUAAUAAUUGAGCGGGUCUGCGCGUAACAGCUGUUGAGGUGCGUUAAAAUCCUCAGGCCAUUCAGGGAAAGUUCACUCUGCCUAUUGUUUGCUAGCAUGCUAACACGUUAGCCGACGUGAUAGUAGAGUCAAUCCACGUUAGUUUUGUACGCUACCUUUACAGUCACUAAAGAACACUCUAUGUGUAAUUAGUUGCCGACGACAUCGGUCAGUGUCACGACAAGCUGCCGAUUCAGCCAGAUAGUUAAUCUGUAACCUGCUCAGGAGCAACAACAACAUGCCAGAAAUCCGACUCAAACACGUCGUGUCUUGCAGCACCGAGGACACUACACACAAAGCGGACAACCUGCUGAGCUCUGACACCUACAGAAAGUGGAAAGCAGCGAGACCCGGCGAGAAGCAGAUAUCGGUCAUCCUGCAGCUGGAGAAGGAGGAGCAGGUGCACAGCAUCGAUAUUGGAAAUGAAGGGUCUGCUUUCAUCGAGGUGCUGGUGGGGAAUUCUUCAGCCGUCAGAGACCAGGACUAUGAGGUUCUGUUGGUCACGUCUUCCUUCAUGUCCCCCACGGAGAGCCGCAACGGCACCAACAUGAACCGAGUGCGUUUCUUCGGGACGACGCAGCUGCAGAAGAGUCCCGCACAGGAAAAGUGGGACCGAGUGAAAAUCGUGUGUAGCCAGCCGUACAGCAAGAACAUCGCCUAUGGACUGGCCUUUGUGAAGUUCCAUUCACCGCCUGACAAAAACGAUCCUCCUGCGACAGCCUCCCCGAAACUCACCAAGUUGGGGCAGUUCAGGGUGAAGGAGGAGUCUCCCUCCGUCAGUCCCAGCCUUCAGCCGGGAAGUCUCUUCUUCAGUCGCGACACUGCGACAAAGUCCAGUACUCCACUCAAAGUGUCUCCUCAGAGCGAGAGGUUGAGCUACGCUGCUGCCGCGCUGCAGGCGGGGGCCGGGUCCCACUCCUCGGCGCAAGGUCCCUCCUCCAGUUCCUCCAGCUCCGCCUCGCCUCAGCCACCAACAAAAAGGAAAUUUGAGUUUGGCAAAGAGCGGCAGUCCACCUCCGGCCUCUCGCCCUCGAAGAAAACGAGCCCGGCCGGCUCGCCCGAGGUCAAAGCCGCGACCUCCAAACCCAAGCCGAGCCCGGCCGGCACGCCGAGCCCCGGCGCCCCCAAAGCUUCGCCGGCGUUGAAGUCUGCCGACAAGAAGCGGGAGAGCCGACCCAAACCCGAACCCCAGAAAGCCGGCGGGCCGCAGGUCCCGCUCAAGCGGAUAAUGGAGGGGGUGGUGUUUGUCCUCAGCGGCUUCCAGAACCCUUUCCGGGGGGAGCUGAGGGAAAAGGCUCUGGAAAUGGGGGGUAAAUAUCGACCCGACUGGACCCCCGACGCCACGCACCUCAUCUGUGCCUUCGCUAACACCCCCAAGUACAGCCAGGUGAAGUCCGCGGGGGGCAUCAUCGUACGGAAGGAAUGGGUGAUGGACUGCCACAAGAGGAAACAGAAGCUCCCCUGCAAACGGUAUCUGAUGGACGGAGCCGAGUCGAGCUCCGAGAGCGAGAUGGAAGUGGACGAGCAGAGUGACGAGGAAGUCAAAGCAAAGACUCCACAGAGACAGGUGACCCCCAAGAAGGCCCCGGAGAGGAGGACCGAGGAGGACGAGUACGCCGGCUCCACGGACGUGGAGGAAACAGGAGCCGGCGAUGACGAGUCGGCUGUGGACACGGAGGACGAGCUGCAGAGGGUGGAGAUAGAGCAGCAGAAGAAAGCAGCCGAGGGGAAGCAGGAGGACCCGUACGGAGGGUCGACGGAUGAAAACACCGACGCGGAGGCCGAAGAGGAUCAUCCCAUCCCCGAGCUACCAGACUUCCUGAGCGGAAAGCACUUUUUCCUCUACGGUAAAUUCCCCAACAACGAGCGGCGCCUGCUGCUGCGAUACAUCGUUGCCUUUAACGGGCUGAUUGAGGACUACAUGACGGAGAAGGUGCAGUUCGUGGUGACCAGCGAAGGGUGGCACGACUCCUUCGAAGACGCGCUGAUGGAGAACGGCAAUCUGAACUUCGUUAAGCCAGCAUGGAUUUACUCAAUCAACGAACGACAAAAGAUUCUGCCGUAUCAACCCUACUCGGUGGUCCCCUGAACUAAAGGCCGUCCGCGCACACCAAGACCAAUGGGCAACGCCGCGGAGACGCUGAUUUUCUUUUUUCAGACCCUCCGCUUCACUCUCAUAAAAAGCAAUAAAAUGUUCUUUAAUGCCUUUCGGCGGACUUUAAAACCGGCCAUUUGUAAAAUGUUUUCAGUGCUCAGGGCUUUUUCAACCCACGGGGGAAACGUCUUUUUUAAACAGCGCCUGCUGCGUUAAAUGUUAGCACACGGUUAGCAUUAAUUAUUAUUGUUAGCGCUAGUGAUGAACCCUCACUCUGGUUUCCUGUGCUGCGUCCGCUGCUGUCGCUCACCUCGGCUUCCUCAAGGCUGCGUCCGCAUCGCCAGGCGCCGACUGCCGUGAGCAGGCAGACCAUUAGGAGACCAGCUCAACUUCAGGGGGGAAAAGGGCCAUUUUCAUUUUUACAGGCCACCAAAUGCAGAAAUCGGGACAAUUGAAUCCGAUUGAAAAUGAAUGAAUUCUGUUUUUCUUAUUUUACUUUUUUAUUAUAUGUCACUAGUUGGGAAAGCAAUGGCUUUCCAUGAGCCUGAGUUUGUUGUUUGUUUGGUUUUUAUUCAUGUUUGAUUAAUUAAUAAUAAAAGAAAUGGCUGAACACAUGUCAGCGGUUUUUAUGUUCUGGCCCCUGAAGACGCUUCAUUCAUCUUAAACGUCUUUUUGUUCUUGUGCAACUUAAUUAUUUUGUCUGAAACAGAAAAAAAACCCUAACUUUUUCAAUUAAAGGUUCUCAAUUUUAUUCA